GAGGGGUCAGGGCUGCGGCCCGGAAGCGGCGGCGGAGGCGGGGCCCGGUGCCGGGGCCUGUCCGUGUGUCCGGCCCGGGGCUGCCCGGGGAGCGGCCUCUCCGCCCGCUGCCCGUCCGCCCGUGCCCGCAGCCCCGGCAGGGCAGGACGAUGGUGCAGAGCCCGCCCGCACGGCAGCGCCGCCGCCUCUGAGCCCCGCCCGGCCCGGGGGCCCGAGCCCCGCCGCGGACGCCGGUGAACAAUCAGAAUAAUGUUCUACAUAAACCUGUUGGAGAACCUGAAGGUUUAUAUCAGCAGCCGCCCGCCGCUCGUGGUCUUUAUGAUCAGCGUGAGCGCCAUGGCCAUCGCCUUCCUGACACUGGGCUACUUCUUCAAAAUCAAGGAGAUCAAAUCACCAGAAAUGACAGAGGACUGGAAUACUUUCCUCCUGAGGUUUAAUGAUUUGGACUUCUGUAUAUCUGAGAAUGAAACCUUAAAGCACCUCCUCAAUGACACCACAACUCCAGAGAGCACCGUGACCAGCGGGCAGGCCAGGUCUUCCACACAGUCCCCACAGACCCUCGAGGACUCUGGUCCCAUCAACAUCUCCGUCACCAUCACGCUGACCCUGGACCCUCUCAGACCUUUUGGGGGAUACUCUCGCAAUGUCACACACCUCAGCUCCACAAUUUUUGGGCACCAGAUUGGACUUUCAGGCAGAGAAUCCCACGAGGAAAUAAACAUCACCUUCACGCUGCCAGCUGCCUGGAACUCCGAUGACUGCGUCCUGCACGGCCACUGCGAGCAGGUUGUGUUCACCACCUGCAUGACUGUGACAGCAGCCAGCAACGUGUUCCCAGUCACAGUUCAACCACCACAUUGUGUUCCUGAAACUUACAGCAAUGCCACUCUGUGGUACAAGAUCUUCACCACGGCCAGGGACUCGAACACAAAAUAUGCCCAGGAUUACAACCCCUUCUGGUGUUACAAGGGAGCAAUUGGGAAAGUCUACCACGCUUUAAAUCCCAAACUAACUGUUAUUGUUCCAGAUGAUGAUCGCUCUCUAAUAAACCUGCACCUCAUGCACACCAGUUACUUCCUCUUCGUGAUGGUGAUUACCAUGUUCUGCUAUGCAGUCAUUAAAGGCAGACCAAGCAAACUGAGGCAAAGCAACACAGAAUUCUGCUCUGAAAAGGUUGCUUUGUCAGAAGCAUAAAAACCCCCCCUCUCCUCCUCCCGAGAACGACCGAAACCAUUGCCUGCUGAACCCAGCCUGGGUCUUAACACUCUGUGAAUCCAUUACCUUGCAAUGUUGGUUUAUUCCAACCAAAGACAUUUCAAAGUGCCUGUAAUUGAUUUGUACAUAUUUAUAAAAGCAGAAUAUCCAGAGGAAUUCCGAGGAGAUGCGCUUGUCCCGCGGCGUGGCCGGAAUCCUCCGGCGCUUCCCUGGGGACAGCCCCGUGUUGGUGUAGAUAACUCCAGUGAAAAGGCUCCACAGAGGCAGAGAUUUUUGUCCAGCUGCACCUGGGCAGGUGAAGAUGCCUUUGCAAGUGUCUCAAACCAACCAAGAGAUGUUUGGUUUUUUGCCCAAUCUGUACAGUGUGUUUGAACCAAGUAUGCACCUUUGAUAUAAUCCUGCAUUUCCAAAGCCACCAAUCUACAACAUUAAUUCAAUGUGUGUUUGUGUGGCCUAAUACUUUAUUCCAUUUGCUCCUUGCUUGCAAGAAAAGAUAUCAACGUUUUAGAUUAUUUUUUUUUUUCUCUUUUGGAAGAAAAAAAAAAUACAUAUUCACAUUUUAAUAGUGCUGUAUUUAGGACAAACUUGUGCUUUUAUUCAUAGUAAAAAAAUUAAGAAGUGAAGUCCCAUUUUAAACUGCUACUUACUGAAGAGAACUGUUUGAUUUAUUUUUUUUGUUUUGGUUUGGGGUUUUUUUUGUUUGUUUUUUUUGGUAUUUCAUUUGGCUUGCUGAAUGUCAGAGAACCAGUCAGCACAGAGACUAUCUGGAAAACUUUUCCACUUGGCCUCCCAGCCCUCCAGCCAGGAUUGUGUGUCUCUGCUGCAGAGCAGCUUUCUGUAAACUUUUUUUUUUUUUUUCCUUUUUUUUCUUUACU